UUUUUUUAACACAAACAUUUUUACAGGUGCUGCAAGCGAAAUUUGGCAUGGCAUUUCAAAAACUGCUUUUAAACAGCGGCCUGAUUUUUAUCGUGGCAAUUGUAUUUUUUAUUGGCGGAAGUUCCGGAGAUGACUCUGCCUUGAGUAAUUGUACUCUCUCAGAUAACCGUUUACCGGGUUAUAUAAUACCAAAGCAUUAUAAUCUCAAGCUAGUACUGGAUGCAGACGAAGAAGUUCAAAGUGAUUCGCCGUUUCUAGAACAUUUGAAACCCGAGCGAGCAAAACACGACUUUUUUUUCUCCGGCGAAAUCGAUGUCAACAUCGACAUUCUUCGUUCAACGCAAGACAUAUAUUUCCACGUUCGAAAAUCGAUAGAUAUAUCGUCAACAAAGCUGAUCAGCAGCAAUGGUACGGAAUAUUCCCCAAUAGGGAACUAUGAUUACUUUGACGCAGAGAUUAAGAUCCUCCGUUACAAUGAAUUACUGGCUGGGGAGUACACAUUAAAAAUGAAAUUCAAAAUUUUUAGUACAAUUGAUAUAAAUGAGAUAAAUGAAUUGUUCAAGGCUUCUUAUAAAGAAGAAACGGGAGAGUUUUCAGUCUUCGCGACACGUUUCCAAGCGAUCGGAGCCCGAGGAGUAUUCCCAUGUUGGGAUGAUCCAAGAUUCAGGUCCACUUUUAACAUUUCUGUGAAACAUCGUUCCAAGUAUAGGAUCUUGUCAAAUAUGCCGGUAAAAAAAAUAGACGAAGAAGAAGAAAACGAGAUGCGUUGGACGCAUUUUGAAACAACUCUUCCGAUACCUACUUACCUCGUGGCGAUUACGCUGAACGAGUUCGGCGACUCUGAUUCUAUUAACGAAAGAAUUUCCAUAUCGAGCAGACCGAACGUAAGAAAAUAUAUAGCAUUAGCUAACGAUGUUGUUGAAAAAGUUACAUCGCGGUUGGAAUCCAAAUGGAAAAACAUGAAAAAGAUUCCGAAAAUGGAUCACGUUGCAAUUCCACAUUUUUGGACCGACGGCAUGUCGAAUACUGGACUCACUUUAUAUAGGUAACAUUUAACGUAAUUAAGAAGUAAUAUUAACCCAUUAAAAGGCAACGUUAUUUUUAUUAUUAAGUUUCGAUAC